UGAACAUGAGCAUUGUUGGGUCAUCCUUCGAAAUUGCCCAAAGUGGUAUUGUGACCCUCAAUUGGUUGUCUGUCCAAUUCCACCUAUGAGUCAAGGUUCUCAAAGUUCUCCCAUAGGGAGUGGUUCUCAAUCCUCCCCUGUGGAAGGCCUCGACGACAUACCAGAAGAGGGAGCUACGCCUUUCGUGUUGUCUCGCCCUGAAGGACGCGAGAAACAAAAGGCAGCAAAAAAGAAAGGUAAGGUAGUUACGGAAUCGUCAGACAUGUACACUACUCAAUUGCUAGAGUUUGGUAAUGAUAUGAGAGAGAGGCAAAAGUCGAGGAUGGAGUACGAAAAUAGAAAAAUUAAUCUUCAAGAGAGGAGAAUAGAGAGGGAAGCCGAGGAAUGGGCAUACAAGAGGCAAGUGAGGGAGCAGGAAGCGGAACAAUGGGCUCUUGAGAAGAAAGAGAGGGAGGCCGCAAUACUUCAACAAAAUAUGAAUAUUCUGGAGAAGGAUUUGUCAAAGAUGACACCAAGAAAGAAGAAAUUUUGGAGGAGUAAACAAAAUGACAUCUAUGGGUACGAUCAAGAUGAUCCCAACUCUAAUCCAGGAGAUGGCGGAGAUGGAGAUGCAAGUGGUGGAGGAGAUGGAGAUGAAAGUAGAGGUGAUUACUUUCCUUUUAUGGAUUAUGAUUAGAAGAAAGUCCUAUGUGUACUAAUUGAGGCUUUUAUUGCUUUAUGUGAUGUGUUGUGUGUUGUAUUUGAACUUUGUUGUUUUCAUGUGCUAUGUGUACUCUUUGAACUUUGAGCAUUUUCAUGUGUAAUAAAAAAACUAGUCGCUAUUGAAUCUUUUGACUAACUACAAAACACACUUUAUUGAAACAUGAUAUACAAUCACACACUGAAACUUGAAACAUGAAAUACAAUCACACACACAAAACACACUUUAUUGAAGCAUGAAAUACAAUCACACACGAACAAUUGCCCAUCUUGCUUGGAGGAUUCCAAAUGCCCGCUCUACGUCUUUGCGGUGUGCUUCUUGACGUUGAGCAAACAAAGCCUCUUUGUUUGAACUUGGAUUGCUGAAGGUCUUCACUAAAGUCGAUCAUGAGGGAUAAAUACCGUCGGCCAAAUAAUAGCAUUGAUCAUAA